AGCUGGCAGGACGCUGGCUAGGUCAGCUUUCGCUUCAACGGCAUUUGUAUCGUGAUUUCUCAUUUCUGAUUUUUCUCUUUCUUUUGCUCUUCAACUGUUCCCCCCACUUCCAUCUCCUCUCAUUUUGCCAUUUUUUCCCCUCUUCUUUCUCUCUCUUUUCACUUGCUUCGACUCGCCAAUCAAUCUGCUCCUUAGGGUUUGCCUCGCGAAGACAAACGAUGAAGCCUGUGGAUCUCAUUCUUUGUUUAACAACAACCACCACAGCGUGAAGCAAAUCUGAGAAAUAAGGGCCGAGAACCCCCGAGAUUCUUGGAAAAAGAAUUUCUCAAGAUUUGGAGGAAGCAGAAAAGCAGGCUAUCGGCGAUUAGGUAUUGUGGUUUACUUUUAAUUCGUACGGCGGCGAAGGAAAAUGAGCGCCUCGAGAUUCAUAAAGUGCGUCACCGUCGGCGAUGGCGCUGUCGGCAAGACCUGCCUGCUGAUUUCCUACACCAGCAAUACUUUCCCUACGGACUAUGUCCCGACUGUUUUCGACAAUUUCAGCGCAAAUGUUGUCGUGGAUGGCAGCACUGUCAACUUAGGUUUAUGGGAUACUGCUGGUCAGGAGGAUUACAAUAGAUUAAGACCACUGAGCUAUCGUGGGGCUGAUGUCUUUAUUCUUGCAUUUUCUCUCAUCAGCAAGGCCAGUUAUGAAAACAUUGCCAAGAAGUGGAUUCCUGAAUUAAAGCAUUAUGCACCUGGUGUUCCGAUAAUUCUGGUUGGAACUAAGAUUGAUCUCCGGGAUGAUCAGCAAUUCUUUGUAGACCAUCCUGGUGCAGUGCCCAUUUCUACGGCUCAGGGAGAGGAGUUAAGGAAACAGAUAGGGUCUCCUGCCUACAUCGAGUGUAGUUCAAAAACACAGCAGAAUGUGAAGGCAGUCUUUGAUGCAGCCAUUAAGGUAGUGCUCCAGCCUCCUAAGAAAAAUAAGAAGAAGAAAAAGGCGGCCGGUGGUUGCUCAAUAUUAUGAUCAGUGGAAGAUUCAAGUCUGACAAAGAUGGAUCGAUCCGCCAGCUUAUUGUUGCACGUAUCUUUAUCACUAUCACCUUUUUGUCAAUUCAAAGAAGCAGCAAGCCAUCAUGUAUAGCCUCAAGUCUUAACUGACAUUCUAGGGACUUCUGUGAAAGCAUCGGGUGGUUUGUUUCGUGUUGUACUUGUUGUCAUGAUCUAUAAAAUUGAUGACAAGCAUUCCUUGUUAACAUGCACGCCUCUUCAGAUUUUCAUGUUUAAACUUCACUCAUGUAUUAACCAGAUGUGAGGAAUAUCCUACCAUGAAAUAACCGUUUUCUUUCAUG